GUUACCUUGUCUGCUUUGACAACCAAGCUCUCUGAAUCCAAAACACGCUAUUGUUUGUGAUCUGCACUGAGUCUCAGCAUAGUACAGCUCUAACCAUGGUGAUAAGCUAGGUGUUGGUAUGUUAAGUAUAACUGAUUAAUAACCAGACUUACAGGGCUAAGGAAGUUCUCAAAGGAAUGUCAAACUUAAUUACUUAGCCCCAAAGCAAGGACAGCCUGUACCUAUUCCAGGGGUGUUCUGGUACUGUUGGUUUACUUUCAGAAUAAUUUCUGUAGUCUUUAACCAAAAUCUUCCUUACUACAGUUUAAACUUAUAGCAUCUUGUCGUAUUCAUCAUGGGCACAAGGAACAAAUUACUUCUUUCCUCUUCCUGUCUGCAGCAGCCUUUUCUGAAUUUGAAGGCUGUUACCACAUGCCCUCUCCUGGCUUCUCUUCUUUAGUCCAGACAAUCCUGAUAGGCGUAGUAUGUCAUAGUCUUUAGGGCUAUGAUUGUUUUUAUUGUUCUCUGGAUUCUGCCUGGUUGUCCUCCAUAUUUUCGUCGGGGCGUGUGCAGCUGGCAUCAUGCUCCAGCUUAGUAUGCCAGGGUGAAAUCUCAUAGUAAAAGAUGAUGUAGCCAGCUAGAGCAUGGUGGAGACAGUAGGAAGGAGGCUGAGUCUUGAAUGUUUUGGUCUUAAACAUAAUCUUUUUUUGUGUGUCAAUAUUGUCAACAUCCUGGUAGAGACCAAGCAUCUGUAGUUUUUACAGUUAACAUUCAUUUUAGAAGGAGGUAUGGAGAGAAUACAGGGAGCUUCAUUUUCAUCUGAAUUGGCUUCUCCAAGUUGUCAUGGCUUUUACCUCCUUUAAGCGUGAACAUGACUUUUUGCCUUCCAAUGGUAGCUUUAAUCUGUUGCAGUAAGAAAUACUCCUACCUUUUUCCCCUGCCAUCCACUUAUACACAUUUAUAUCUCUUUGUAUUUUGAUUGUGAAGCGUUCAGGAUGUGGCCUGUCUUUUAUUUGUAUUCAGUCCUGUAUAUUCUUGCCUUUGUGUUGCAAGUGUAAUAGAAAUAGCUAUUAUUGUGUAAAACAUGUGCCUCUGCAGAUAUGCUUUAAAAAUGAAUCAUUUAUUAACUAGCACACCUUUAUUAGGUAGCACGGAUGAUGCUUUUUUAAUCUGAACAAACUUCGGAAGAAGGAGGGAAAAAAGGCAAAUUCAUGAGAGAAAAGAUCCAAUUGGGGAGUGAAGGGUGUGGGAGUUGAAGGCCUUUUUCUCCUUUUGUAAGAAAAGGGGCUGGUGAUUGCAAGAAAAGGGCUCGGAAUUCUUUAGAAAAUCCAAGGAUAGUCUUGAAAUGUUAUGGCUGAGGCAAUCUAAAGAGCAACUGCUGGUGGGGGAAAAAAACAUGCUCCUUUUCUCCUUUAUUCUUCACUGACGCCAAAUUUGGCAUUUACAUGACCCUGCAAAGAAUCGGUCUGAGGAGAUAAACUGGCAAGAAAUUAUCAGGAAAAAAAGAAUAGGUUUUGCUGGCUUAGCUGCCCAACAUAACAUGUGGUGGGAUCAGGCAAACUCCAGAAGUGGUGCAUGGGAGGUGGCGAGAAUACAGGGCAGGUAAGGCACUCCCCAUUCGAUUGACUUGGAUGUAGCCUGAAACUGCAGCUGAAGAGAUCAAGUGAUAGAUGCAGCUGUGUCAAACAGCUUUUAUGAAGUGCCAAACAAGAACGUUCUCCUGUGAGUGGUUAAAGUGAUUAAUAGGCAAUUGCUCCCCAAGGCUAAGGAUGGAAAAUAAACCUUUCAGACAGUCAUGAAACUGUGCUGGCUUUGUAAUUAAGUUACUGUCUGCAAUACAGUGGACACACUCAGAUAAUGGAGGGGCAGGUGUGUUGCACAUCAAAGUGUGUUUCAGCCAUUUCCAAGACUCACAGAGACAGGACUGCUAGGCUGCUUGUAAAAUGCUGAAACAAUAAACAGUAAAAAUAACCUACUGACAGCCUGAUGACAUAAUGAAGUGUUCACUCUCUUCAGAUGAUAUUAACUCCUUUUGAUAGCAGUUGAUAGCUGUUAUUAUUAAUGAGCAGGUAGUAAUUUAAGCAGGGCUAUUCUGCAGCAUAAGACAGAUGUCUCUGGUAUUUUCCUGAUGCAUGAAUUCUUAAUUCUCUCUGAAUUAUAAACCAUACAGGCCAGGAAUUAUGUCCUUUAGUAUAAUACGAAGCAUGCUGUCAGCACUUUAAGAGUUUAACGUCGUUUCUUGACAAAGGCUUUCAAAAGUUUCCUUUGGCAUAUUUUGGUUAGCAGGGGGAAGAAAGAAAUGCUUCUGAAGUCUUAAAAUCAGGUUUGAAAGAUGAUUUCUUAGUAUUACUGUUUUUUAUUUUUCUAGUGUAUACAAAUUCCAGGGUCCGCUGCAGCAAAUUGCCAGCAAAGCUGCUCGGCAAGUCUUACUGCUCCAGGCUACAGCAAGCUAAGGAAGGGAUUAAGGCAAAGGAUGUCGGAGCUGAGCGAUGAAGCCAGUGAGUCGGAGCUGCUGAGCCGCAGCCUUUCUAUGUGGCAUGGGGUCGGUCAGAUGAUCUGUCGAGAGGAACUGGAUGUUCCCUUGGACUUGCAUACAGCCUCCUCCAUCGGCCAAUAUGAAGUGGUACAGGAGUGUAUUCAAUGUGGAGAACUGGAUUUAAAUAAGAGGAACUGUGGUGGCUGGACGCCACUGAUGUAUGCCUCCUACAUUGGUCAUGACACCAUUGUGCAUCUGCUGCUGGAAGCAGGAGUGAAUGUGAACAUCCCAACACCAGAAGGGCAGACACCGCUCAUGCUGGCCUCCAGCUGUGGAAAUGAAAGUGUUGCUUAUUUCCUUCUGCAGCAAGGCGCAGAGCUGGAGAUGAAGGAUAUUCAUGGCUGGACAGCCUUAUUUCACUGUACCAGUGCUGGACAUCAGCAGAUGGUGAAGUUCUUACUGGAUAAUGGGGCAAAUGCCAACUGCAAGGAGCCUGUGUAUGGAUAUACUCCUCUGAUGGAAGCAGCUGCUGCUGGCCAUGAGAUAAUUGUUCAGUAUCUUCUCAAUCAUGGAGUAAAAGCAGAUGUGAGAGAUAACACGGGAGCUACAGCACGAACCCUGGCCAUGAAGUAUGGACAUAUGAAGAUUGUGGGGCUGAUAGACUUGCAUACAGCCCCAGUGCCCAAAGUCUUCUGCAGGGGUCCAGGAAAAUAUGACGAUCUCAGUUCCUCAGAUGAAUCAUGUUCUGCUCCCCAGAGACAGAGACCUGUUCGUAGGACCAAGGGUCCCAGCAUCCAUGAGGGGCCCCAAGCUUUGGCUAAGAUAACAGCAGUUGGAAUCGGGGGAAAGAAGCAUUCUCGUUAUGAGCAGGUCCCUCUACAGGGCUACGUUACAUUCAAUGAUGAUGGCAGCUGUGAAGCGGAUGAUAUCCGGAACCGGGAUGUUACCUCUCCAAUCAAUGAGCAGGAUGUAGAGAGCAGCAGCAGCAGGGAGGAGAAUGUUUUCUGCACCAACAACUUAGCAACCAUCAGGAGCAGCAGCAGUAGCAGUGAAUGCCUGACCAAAGCCCUGGGGGUCAGCAGUGAAGGCUCACUGGAGAGCAAUGAGGAUUCUGACCAUGCAAAUAGUCCUCCUAGUCGGAAACAAGCCAAAGGUUUUAAGAUCAAGAACCGCUAUGCUGGUGAUAGUCAGUGGACCCACUGCCCUGGGAAAGCUGGAAGCUCUAGUCAACCCUUCAUCCUUCCAGAGCCCCCUGUGUAUACAGGACCCCAGGACCUGGCAACGUUUCUUGAGCAGAUUGGGUGCCUGAAGUAUCUGCAAGUGUUUGAGGAGCAAGAUGUUGACCUCAGGAUCUUCUUGACUCUUACAGAGAGUGACCUGAAGGAAAUAGGCAUCACUUUGUUUGGACCCAAGAGGAAGAUGACUUCUGCCAUUGCCCGAUGGCACAGCAACGCUCGGCCCCCUAGUGAUGCCCUGGAGCUGGCCUACGCGGAUCGGCUGGAGGCUGAGAUGCAGGAACUGGCCAUUCAAUUGCACAAGAGGUGUGAAGAGGUGGAGGUGAUGAAGGGCCAGGUGUGCCAGGAGCAGAAGCUGCGUGCAGUGGCCGAGAGCUGUUUGAUGGAGCGGGAUGAGACCUUGAAUGAUGUCCAGUGCCAGCUCAGAGAGGUUCAAGCUAUCACCAAGGAUGCUGGGGUCCUACUGGAUCAGAUCAAAUCCUGUCAGGCAGAGCUGUCCUCCCGGCUAACCCAAGAGCAGGCAGUUGGCAGAGUGCUGGACACAAAGGUGCAGCUUGGAACCGGGCUAAAAGGAUGGCCGCCUUCCUUGAAGUCUCUGAGCUUGCCUGAGCUGUCAGCUGUCUUAGAAGAGUGUGUGGGAGAAAUGGGAAAAGCUCUGCAGACUGUGACUCAAAACCUCCAAAGGCUUCAAGCCCCAGGGCAGGGCGGGCAGAGGUGGCUAGAGCCAUAACGAAGCAGGAUGGAAUACUGACGUCGGGUGACUGUUCCACCCGGAAGCUGAGUGUGCCUGGGAAAAUGAGCGUGAGGGCUGUGCUGGCAGUACCGCAGCUUGGCUGAGAGUGCUGCAACGGCUGACAGAUACGUGGAAGAAGGUCUCAGCCAUUGGAGAACGUCCCUGGGAGAACAAGGGACAGCAGAGGACAAGAACCCGACAGCUCUAUGGGCCUCACUGUUGUCUGGGUUCAAAGGACUGUGGUGUUCAUACCAAAAGGGUAGGUUAAGAGGAGAAGCACUGAGCUGGGAGGGUUUAUCUGCCUUAAGCUUCCUGCAGCAAUCAGGUUACCCUUCUCUGUAUCCCAUCCUCCCCAAGACCCCUGACACCUGCACCUCCUGUGACAUGUGAAUUCGUAGUUGUCCGGGAGCUGACCCCAAAAACGUCUAAAUCGAUAAGGAGGGCAGGCUUCUGGUGAGUGUGUAUAGUGAAUAGUUAGUAGUGUCUGUUGAUUUAUUGAGCUGCCCGGUUUUUGCAGCCCUAGUCUCUAGCUGGCAUAUCUUUCCUAUUGCCAUCCCAGAUCUGUCCUUCAAAACCUCUCCCUCCUCCCAGCCCACCCUGGUUCAGUCCAGAUUUUUGCCCCCUUCAGGAGUUGUUUGUGAUCAUGUUCUUCAGCCCCAAAUAACUUGUUUUUAUGGCAAAUGCCUAAUGGCAGAGACCCUGGCAUUCAGAUUUCAGUGCCAAGAUCCCAACACUGAGAGCAGUUGCAAGGCAGAUGUGCCCCUGGAAGGACACGAGAGAGAAGAAAGACUCCAGAGACUGUUCAGUCUCCCGUGCCUUUGGCAAGCAGCAGUGUGCCAAGGCAGGCAGAACAAGCAUGAAGGAUAGAGGUCUGUCCCCUGUGGGAGAUGAGUAAAAAAAAUCUCACAUCUUGGAUCUAGCUGCGGUGCAGAGCUUCAGUCCUCAACCACUGCCUGCCCUUGGAUUCCAGGAUCCAGUGUUUGGAAAUAGAUCUGCCAAGGCUUUCUUGUACCGGCAGUGUGGAUGUUUUCAAAGGCAAACGUGCUGCAGGAAGAGGCUGGCUCCCCAAAGACUCCCCCAUCUCUUGAAGGUGUGCAAGCAGCCAUAUGGGGACCAGUGACAGUAGUUAAAGCAAAAUGGUUUCCAGCACUGUGCAAUGAUUCUCUGUUCUUGUAUAUUGCCAAGUCUUGUGGAGGAAAAAAAACCCUUAAUUGAGAGUGGUGGGCUUCAGGACUCUGGAAAAUUCCCCUUCUCUUUGCUGGGAGGGGGAAGAAACUGUUUUCCUUCUGAUUUUUGGAGCUUGAUCACUGAUGCCAAAGUUUUUUAAAAAAAAAAAAAAAAAAUCCAUUCCAACUCCAUCCUUGAAGCUGGAGUUAACCCUCCUGAUCAGUGGCCCAGGACCAUUUAGAUGGGCUUGAAAGCUAAUCUGUGUUUCAUAAAAGUGACUUCUAGCUUGGUUGUCUCAAUGGAAAGUUGUACCAGUGUUGCCUGGGGACAGCCUUGGGGCACUGAGGCAGAUAUGGCCCACUUCAUAAGCUUGCCCUGCUGGCAGUUUGUGUGCACUGAUCAGUGUGCUCAGCUGUGUGGCAUUGCCUUAUGCUUAUGUUUGACUCUUAAACUUGAGGCCGAAAACUUGUUGUGUGUCAUGUGUAGCAAAUGAGUCAAUGACAGGGGUGCGUGCAUGUAUGCAUCUGCUGCCUAGCUGCACAGCAGGCAGUAGGACAAGGCUGCAGGAGCUUUCACUCUGACAAACUUUUUGCUGUGGCAGAGCUGAUUCUCCUGAAGGCUUCAAUUUUUGAGGCAGCAACGCCGAAAGCUCCUCAAGAGUAUUGAGGACAUGACUGUGCUGGGGCCAGUGUUCUGGGCUGUGUCCUCCAUUCCCUGGUGCCAGAGGGAAUGUGGGGAGAGCCAAGGCAGCGUGUACUCCCCUCUCCCCAGCUUUGGGGGUGUCUCUGGCUGCAGUAGCACAGCAUUGUCAGUGCUGCUUCCCUUGGAAGUCCAGACUUGCAGUUAAGGCAAGGUGCCUGGAGGGAAAGGGGAGACUUUUUGUAGAGGCAAGAAAUCAGUGGAAGGGCCUCAUAGCAUCUGAAUAGCACAGCAGGCCCAGCCUGGUGAUGCUUCAGUAGGGCUGGAUAGGCUGUGCAAGAAAUUGGGUGGCAGGAAGGAGAGAUUGCACAGACUUGGGUCAGGGUCUUAGGGUGGAAGGAAGGGUUUUGGGCUGGGGGUGGAGGGAUGGGACAUCCUGAGGAUUGUAAUGCUUGGGGAACUGGGAAUGGGGUACAGAGUGGGUGGGCCAGAGACUCAGUGGUGUAGAUGUGAAGGAAGAAGGGGAGUCCCACAGAAAAGGUGCUGCAGGAGCCCCAACAUAAAGGUUUAAGGGAGUUCCAGAGUAGCCCUACAGGGACAUGGGGGACGGGGCGUUCAUAAAACAGUGUUUCUUUAAGGAGGCAGUCCCUUAAAUGCAGGAUUUUAAAAGCAUUCAGUGUUGAAAGGGUGGCUGUACAGGCAGCGGGGAGUGUGUGGUGCUGCUGUAAGUUGAGAUGUCCUGCAGACUGUUAGCUGGCUAAAUAAAAUAGCAUUUGCUGACUUGGAAAAAAAUAAAAAUCUGUUUCUGGUGCCUGGUCUGUAGACUUCCCUGGAGGGAGCCAGGGUUGUAGAAUCGUGAAUAACCUGACUGAUUUAUUUCAGGACAGUUGGAGAUAAAUACAGCUUUUUGCAGCUCUUUCCAGCUUCCUCUCCCCAGGUGCUCACAUGCUGAAGGGUUCUGGGGCUUCCUUAUCCAUGGCUUACCUGUCCCUGCCUGGUUCCUGAUGAAGGGGACACCCUUGCAGCAUGAGCUGGAUAGGUGAUGUGGGAACUCACGUGGUCAGGCAGUGCCAGAG